UGCUAUUCCCCCCCCCCCCCCCCCAACAUCUUCCAAUUAUCGCUGAUUUUCUCUGACUUAUUUGCGCCACCCAAACCCCUGAGACGCUGAAAUGGAAUCCCAGGUGCGCCAGAACUUCCACCGUGACUGCGAGGCUGCCAUCAACCGUAUGGUCAACUUGGAGCUGUACGCUUCCUACACCUACCUCUCAAUGUAUGCCUUUUUCGAUCGUGAUGAUGUUGCCCUUCGUCAUGUGGCCGAGUUCUUCAAGGAGCACAGUCAUGAGGAAAGGGAGCAUGCUGAGAAGUUCAUGAAAUAUCAAAACAAGCGUGGGGGACGCGUUGUCCUGCAGGCUGUCAAGCAACCAGAGCGUGAUGAAUGGGGUAACACCCUGGAGGCUGUGCAGGCUGCUUUGCAGCUGGAGAAGACUGUGAACCAGGCUCUUCUGGACCUGCACAAGCUGGCCAUGGACAAAGUUGACCCGCAUUUGUGUGAUUUCCUGGAAUCUGAAUAUUUGGAGGAACAGGUGAAGGAUAUCAAACGUUUUGGAGAUUUCAUCACCAACCUGAAACGCCUUGGGGUGCCUGAGAACGGCAUGGGCGAGUACCUGUUUGACAAGCACACCAUGGGAGAGAGCAGCUAAACUGUCCUACUCAAGAGGAUCCAACCAGUCUACUUUCCAUCUAUAUUCCUUUUAUUAUCUGUGUGACAUGUAUCCUGAUGGCCUUAACCUUUCUGUGAUCCUAUAUUUAUUAAUACAGCUGUGCUUGUCGGCAUGUUUCCAAUAAAGUUUUUCAGCGUGUA